CACAGCACAACCCCUCUGCAAGUUGUCCUCCUCUCAGGGCAAGCACAUAGACAGUGGGAGCUAAGGUACCCAAAAUGAGGGGGGAAAAAAGGCACUGAGCAGCCACCUGUUCUAGAUAAAAGGGCUUUCCAGGAAAAAGGAUCACCCUGUGGUAACCAUUAACUCCUGAAGAUGGCAAAAGACCUGCUCAAGAAUUUGUAGCUUGUCACUGAAGAGGAACCCAAGAGGUGCAGUGAGGAUUUGGCACUUGGCACACUGGGUCUCAUCUCACAGAGGAUCCCACUGGAGCACCUCAGCGAGCUUGGUGCCUUCACAGGUACCAAACCAAAGAUGUCCUCAACAAGAACGAUUCUAGUCAUCCUGGGAUUCCUCUCCACUUUGGCUGUAAUUGCUUUAAUUGCUGUAGCAGUGACCCAAAACCAGCCACUUCCGAAGAAUAUUAAGUAUGGGAUCGUGCUGGAUGCGGGAUCGUCCCACACCAACCUCUACGUGUACGAGUGGCCAGCAGAGAAGGAGAACGACACCGGGGUGGUGAAGCAGGUGGAGGUGUGUAAAGUUGAAGGCCCUGGGAUCUCAGGUUACUCCCAUGCCACAGAGAAGGCAGGCCCCUCUCUGGCACAGUGCCUACAACAAGCAAAAGAGGUGAUUCCCUCAGCACAGCACAAAGAGACACCCGUCUACCUCGGAGCAACUGCUGGCAUGCGGCUUCUCAGGUUGCAGAAUGAAAGCGCAGCGGACAAAGUCUUGUCCUCUGUAGGAAACACACUACGCUCAGCUCCCUUCAACUUCCAGGGUGCCAGGAUCAUCACUGGUCAGGAAGAAGGAGCCUAUGGAUGGAUCACCAUUAACUACCUUCUGGGCAAUUUCAAGCAGUCUGGCUGGAAAAAGCUUCUGCACUCCCUGAAAUCCUUAAGUGAGACAUCAGGAGCACUAGACCUUGGAGGAGCCUCCACACAGAUUACCUUUGUAUCAAAGGACCUCACUUCUGAGUCCCCAGAGAACCAGCUCUACUUCCGUCUCUACGGCAAGGAUUACCAAGUGUACACGCACAGCUUUCUCUGCUAUGGGAAGGACCAGGCUCUGCAGCAGAAACUGGCCAGGGAUCUACAGACCGUGGAGAACAGCAGUCUACCUGACCCAUGCUUUCACAAGGGUUAUGAGAGGACUAUAAAUAUUAGUGACUUCUUCAAAAACCCUUGCACAUCAGACAAGAAAAAGCAAUUGCCUUUCAGCCAGCUGUACAUAAAGGGAGAGGGGGACUAUCAGAAGUGCCGAGAAAACAUCAAGGAACUCUUCAACAAAAGCAAUUGUCCUUACUCCACUUGCUCCUUCAAUGGGAUAUACCUACCUCCAUUACAAGGGGAUUUUGGGGCUUUUUCUGCUUUCUAUUUUGUGAUGAACUUUUUGAACCUGACCAGUGAGCCAAACCCCUUUGCCCUGAACAAAGUGACCAGCACCAUUGAGAGCUUCUGUGCCCGGCCUUGGCAAGAGGUGAAGACAGAAUAUCACCACGUCAAAGAAAAGUACCUGAGUGAAUAUUGCUUCUCUGGAGCCUACAUCCUCUCUCUCCUGGAAAAUGGCUAUGAGUUCACUGCAGACAACUGGCAAAUGAUCCACUUCCUUGGAAAGAUUGGCAGCAGUGAUGCAGGUUGGACCCUGGGCUACAUGCUGAACCUGACCAACAUGAUCCCUGCAGAGGAGCCAGCCGGGCCCCCUCUCUCCCACGGCAGCUACGUGGGGCUGAUGGUGCUGUGCUCCCUUGUGCUGGUGUCUGUGCUCCUGUUUGCCUGGCUUCUCUUCCACAAGCCCAAGUGCCUGCAGAAGGGGAUUGUUUAGGAAGAACCUGAAGGCGAGAGGAGCCAUGUCAUCCUGGCUGCUCAGGGCUAGGAGACCCCAGCAGAGCAGGCUGUACUGCACAGUCCCUCUUACCGAAGCUUCUGACUGUACAACAAGGGCAUUUAUUUCUUCUGAAUCACACUUGCACUGACAGAUGUUGGGACAUCAGGCUCGCCACCUUCUCUGCCAAGGACAGACAAGCUCGUGUCCCCUCCUUGAGUGGGUUGUACUUUCAUUCAAGGAAACUUUGCUGCUUGUUGGUUUCUGCCUUGUGCACAGCAUUGUAAAGAGAAAAGUGGGAGCAAUCUUUGGGAGCCAGUGCUCCUGCAAGGGUUAUCUCAGGGUCACACAUCCCACUGAGCUCUUGGGAGCUGUCACAUACAGGGUGAUCCUGCUGCUUCUCUGCUGAAGCUGUUCCCAAGAGCCCUUUCUGCACCAGCAUGCCUCUGCUCACCUCCCUGCACCCUGAGCUCUAGCAGCCCUACAGCUGGGUACAGCUCUUGCGCCUGGCUGGCCCCUGAAGGUGGGUCAGGCUCCCAAAUGCCACUCUGGGAAAAGAAGGGAUGAGGAUGAAGAAACCGAGCAUGCUUGUGGUCGUCAGCCCUUAGCUGGGCUCUGUCUGCUGUCAGCUCCUUUUGCAGGUGGCAAAAUGCCUUUUCCCCACGUCUUCCUGUUGUUGUUGCUGGACCAAAGCUGGCUCACUGUUGCAAUGAGCCAUUCCCGUGUCCCUAAGGUACAUCAAGCCACAAGUUCCCAACCAGGCAUUGCUGCUUUUUGUAGGAAGAGCUUGUAUUGGCCCAGGUUCCUUGGCCAGUAGUGAUUGUCUGUGCCUGCAGGGACUCUGGUGUGAUCAGUGUGCCCUCAGGUAUAACCCACUAAAGCAAUCCAGGGUCACUGUGCUGAUAACACAGCACCCUCCAAUCUAGGGAAAGUGUUUAUUAGUUAAUGUUCCUGUAGGCAGCUGGCAGUAGUUAACCAGCAUGAGAAUGCACAGAUAGAACCACUCUUUCCACCAGCAAAAUUAGUGAAGAUUUGCCUUUCCUUUCCUCAUAGCACAGGCUUUUCCUAUGGCCACAAGACCCAGGGCUUGUGAGUGCACAUACUGCAGCCCACACAACUAGGACGAUGCCACUGAUUUAGUUUAUGAAUCACUUUCUUCCAUUUUUCCAUUUCUUGGUCCAAAAAAAAGAGAGGUAAGUCAGAAAUCCAUUUUUUAAGAAACACUCAGAAACCACUGGUGCCUGUCUACCUCCCACAAAAUCUCAGAAAUCUCUUCUCCUAAUGCCCUUGCGGAGGCAAGAAGAAAGCAGAUAUUGCAGAGAGGAAGGCAUAGCAAAGACACACCUCCUUCCCCAAGCAGAGGUGCAGGCAGUGUGGAGGGGUCAGGAUGUGCAACCCCAGCAAUGCCUUCUCCUUCAGGCAAGCACAGACACAGAGCUCUCCCACUCUGUCCCUCGGCAUAGUCCAGGCCGGAAAAUGUCACCCAGUUAUUUCUACUACAUGCCUGGAAGUAGAAGUCCUAAUAUAUUGAAGGACCUAAAGGUAAGGGAAAAAUCUACCCUGUCCUAAGGUCUUUGGGCAGAUCAUUGUUCUUCCAAAAACCUGUGUCUUAUUUUUGCUCUGAAUUAGGUGGCUUCAACUUCUGUUGGAUCUUGUUCUGCCCAUUUCCAAAAGACUGAGUAACUCUGCUAUUAAAAUCCCUUUUUCUUCGGUGGUGCUUGCAAGUUGUCAUUAUAUCAUAUUAAAAUAGACUGGUUUUCAAUCUGUAAAGUGGUCUCUGCUGACCUCACUUGCAGCUCUCGACUCCACUUCUUUUAAAAGUUGUACAUCUUUCUGAAACUUGGACACCAAAGUUUUCAGCAGGUAGUUGAGUCACUAAUAGUGUACAUAUCUGGUUUUGAUCUAUGCCUUAUGUUAUCCAUUCAUAUAUCUCUGGUCCAGGUCUGUUCACUUAACAGAAAGUUUCUAGGCUUUUGAGUCCAGCUGGACUGUUGCAACUUGGUCUUUUUUCCCAGCCAUGAUGUUUCAGAACAGCCUCCGUCUCACAUCCUACAUCACUGUCUCUCAAUAUGAGCCAUUUUUCCUUCUGUGUGGCUCCACUGAAACACAUAUUAUUCAAAGAAUAUUGCCCCAAGCAGAUUAUCCAGUUCGAUCUGCAAAUGACCUUUCACCAGCAGUGAGUCCGCUGACCAGUUUUUGUUUCUCUGCAAAUACUCUGCGAUGUCGGAAUUCAGCUAGGGAUGCAGCCUCCCUUCUGCUGUUUGCAGCAAAGACAGGUAGAUGAGAGAUGAGCAGCAGGUUUUGGCUGGAAGGCAUUCAGGAGAAACGUGUGAUCAGAGCUGCUUCUGCUGCCCAGACAGCCUCAUCUGCAGCACAGCCCAUCACAUGCCACCUUCCUUGCAUAUGGAGCCCUUGUAGCAGAGCAGAGCCAUGGAGAAGCUCCCCAGGUGAGCUGGUGCAUCCGUCCUUCCCGGGAACAGCAUGGAAACCUGCAGGGUGGCACUACCUCUCCUGAGACCUCCUUGGGGAUCUGGCAGCUGCUCAGUUGUGUCCGUGAUGAGAACUGGCAGAUCCAUUAGGACAUGUCAGAAAUUGAUGCAAAAACUUCAUGUGGAAGUUGGUGUGGAAAGAAAGCUUGUUCCAGUCUGGUCUUCUUGUCCCUGCUAAGGAUUUAUGUUAAAGGAAAAUGUCAAAUAUCUGGGAGAAGAGCUUUUACAAUGUUUUGUAUCUUCAUUGCAAGUCCCAUAGUAUUAAUACUGUUAGCUCCUGAUUCUGGAGCCAGAUGAGCAGCUGACAUCUUCACUUGCUCCUGCUGUCUUAAUUAUCUCACUUUUUGGUUUGAGUUUUGGGGUUUUUUAAGCUUUAAACAUGACUUGAGUGCAACCAAAAGGGCCCAAACUAAGAUAAAUGCAAAAUUUAAACCUUUAAACCUUUAAACCUUAUGACUUUUAGACCCCAUUCAUAAAUCAGUCUCUCCAGGAUAAGAACUUCUGAGGUGACAACAUGCCAGUUGAGCAGCCUGAGGCUUCAGGAAUUGAUUGACUGAAGGCAUCGUGUCAGGGCAAGACCAUUGCAUGUCACUCCCUGGUAGUGAACAUUCACAGAACUGCCUAUGAUUGUUUUCUCUAUAUUUCUUCUGUUAUUGCAGGACUUUAUUCAUGGAGGCUACUCAAAAUCUUUGGUCAAAGAGCUCAAGUUUAUGAACAUUCAUUUUUUUGCUUCUGUGUUGCAUCUGAUCUAGCUGUAUUCAACUCAAAUGUGUGUUCCAGAGCCACCCAACAUGUACAUGAAGACCAUUAAUGAUAGUGGAGGGAGUUUCCAAUAUGCCAGUAAUAACGUACCAUUUCUCAUGUUAAUACAGUUGAUCUGCCUCAGUGAUAAUUAUCUGUGCCUUAUUUCUAAUUUGAUAGCUUCUGGCUUUAAUUUCUAGACACUUCCUGCUUUACCAUUUUAAUUUUCCUGGGUAAAGCAUCUUUUAACAUCACAUGUUCUGUCUAUCACGUAUUUACUCACUAUUCAGCUCUGUGCUGCCAAGACUCCAGACCUUGGUCUCUCCUGAAGAGAGAGCUCUCCUGGGCUCCCAGGAAGCUCAGAUGUGCUGCAGCAAGGUGGGAUGAGCAUCUCUGGUUUGGGUUCAAAUGUUGAUUGGUCCAUUUUUGGGGAGGUUCCUUGCAGAGGGAGUUGAUAGCUUUGCAGGGUGCAAGAGCAGCCUGGUCUCGCUGGGACUGAUGACCUCUGUGAGCCCUGCCAUGUUCAGCUGAGUGUCAAAUGUGGGGCAAAGCUAUUGGAACUUGUCAGAAGAGAGAGCCCAGGUAUCUGCAGCACCCUCACCUCUUGCAGGAAAACUGCUCCCCACCACAGGCUCUAAGUACCUUAGAUAAAGUUGCUUCUCCUCUGUGCACAGGCUACAGCAGAUUCCUCCAGCCCUACAGCAAAGCACAGCGGGGCCUCCACUUGGAAGAAAGCUCUCAGAAGUGGGGCCAUCACCUCUGCACUGGAAGGCUGAUUUGAAGUGUUGGCACUGGCCAGGGCUUUCCAGUUUCUCCCAGAGCAGUUCUGGGCCGGAUGUGUGCCCCUUCAUUCUCCACCCCAAUUCUUCCCGUGCUCUGUGCCAGGCAGGAUGUGCAGGCUCUGCAGGGCUGGCAGCUUUGACGCAGGCUCAAGAGCCUGUUCAGGAGGGACUGGGGAGAGCACACUGAGGACAGUAGUCCCUGCCACCCAGGCCAUGUGUUUUCUUUCUGUGGCCCAACCCUGAAGAAAUGGAUCUUUGUUUUGAUGCACACACAAGCCUCUGUAUGCUUAUCAUAAUAAAGACUUCUGAACUGA